AUGGCAGGUGUGAGUGGCUGUUUAAAAUAUUCUAUGUUUAUCUUCAACUUCUUGUUCUGGGUAUGUGGUAUCAUAAUCCUGGGAAUAGCAAUAUUGAUACGAGUAAACCAAGAUGGUCAACAGAUUAUCAACCAUAAAGAUGUUCACACUUACUUCAAUGUUCCUGCGAAUAUCUUGAUUACUGUGGGUUCCAUCAUCAUGAUUCUGGGUUUCCUAGGAUGCUGUGGUGCCAUAAAAGAAAGCCGCUUCAUGCUCAUUCUGUUUUUCAUAGGAUUGCUUUUUAUCCUGCUCCUGCAGGUGGCAGCAGGUGUUGUAGGAUCUGUUUUAAAAUCAAAGUUUGACUACGUUCUGAAUGAUAUACUCUCUGAAAACGUAGCACUUUUGACUGGAACAACUGAUACUGCAGUGGAAUUCCAGAUAGCCUUAACUAAGUGGGAGGAAAAGUUUAAUUGCUGUGGUUUGGUAAGUGGAGCUUCUGAUUGGGGAAAUAAUUUCAAGAAAUAUUCCAAGUCAUGUGAAUGUCCAGUUACAUCAACUUCGGCCUGUACAGUUUAUGAAGGAAUAUCUGUUUACCAAACGCCAUGUUAUUCUUCCAUAAAAGAUAUUUUUAAGAAUUAUACUAUCAUAAUUAUUGGAAUAACAUUUGGACUGACAGUUAUUGAGGUACAGUAUCAUCUUGCUUUAUUGAUCUCUUUAUCUAUUCUCUUGUUUGUUCAUUGGUUUCACUAA